GUAUGCUAGUUUCUUUGGUUUUGUGUUUGUAUCCGUACGAAGUUCAAAUAUAUUCGUUUGUUUGAAUUUUGACAACGGUUGUGAGGGAUGGCAGACAUACAACAAAGUAGGUUUGAAAAGUCAUUGGGUUUACUGACCACAAGAUUCGUCUCAUUGUUGCAACAGGCGAGGGAUGGUGUCCUUGAUUUGAAAGUUGCAGCAGAUAUAUUGGCUGUGAGGCAGAAGAGGAGGAUAUAUGACAUCACAAAUGUUCUUGAGGGCAUUGGUCUCAUUGAGAAGAAAAGCAAGAACAGCAUUCAGUGGAAGGGUGCUGGUCCUGGCUGCAACACACAGGAAACAGCUGAACGGCUGUCAGUAUUGAAGAAAGAAAUUGCAAUGCUGGAUGAACAUGAACAGAAGCUUGACACACACAAGCAGUGGGUGCAGCAGAGUAUUAGGAACAUCACAGAUGAUGUGGAAAAUUGUCGUCUGUCGUAUGUAACUCAUGCUGACAUCUGCAGUUGUUUUGACAACGACACAAUGCUUGCCAUUCAGGCACCCAAUGGAUCAGAGCUUGCUGUACCGCCUGGAAAUGAUAAAGAUCCACUUGGUAAACCCGUAUAUCAAAUACACCUUAAAUCUUCUAUAGGACCUAUAUCGGUUCUUCUGGUUGACAGGAAGAUUGAGGAGCCGAACAUUAAAGAAGAAAGCAUGGACAAUGUGGAACAGGGCACCAGUGGGACAAUGACUGAAGAGCAGGUAUUGACAGAUGCCUGUGAAAAGUUAGAAGCAUACAAAGCAGCUAUGAAAGCACCACCAGAAACAUUAGCUGGUACUGCUCUUGCUUCUCGUACAACAAGAUUGCGCAGUUCACCGCAGAAGGGCACAUUGCCAACAACAAUGGCCAAAGUUCCUGUUAGGCAGGCAGCCACUACACAGGAGGAACAAGUAUCUCAGUCACCAUCAAGCCCUAAACGUCGUAGAGGUCCAGGGCGACCACCCAAACAUCCAAAACUAGACCUAGACGUAGAAUUGGAUAUGGAAUUGUUGGAGCCCGAUAUCAUUCUCAGUGAUGUUGUAUCUGGUGAUGGCACUGAUGUGCCAAUGGGUUUUGAUGGAGAGUUCCUUGAAGAUCUGAUAUCAUCAGAACUUUUCGGGCCUUUUGUGAGAUUGAGUCCUCCUCCAAGUGACAAGGACUACUGCUUCAAUCUCAGUGAUUCAGAAGGAGUUUGUGACUUGUUUGAUGUUCCAUUGAUUUCUAUGUGAAUAGUUCCUCCAUACAAGCAGUUGCAACUCAAUUAUGAAACUGUUAUUGACCGUUAUGUCACCAUGCUUAAGUGGCAUAUUGUGAAUAUAAAUUUAUAUUUAUACAUUCCUUUGUUGUGUGAAACAGUUGUAAGAAAAGUAUUCUUCUUGUACAAUAUAUUUUUUAUUUUUGCUGUUUGUGAACACUCAAAUGAUCA